UGUGGAGAGCUCCCUAAAGUUGCGUUCGCCUUGCAAGCUCUUCGUACUCCUCGCGACAUUCCUCUCUCUCUUGUCGCCCUCAAUGUCGUCCAAGACCAAAUGCUGACAGUUACUUCCCUAAUGUUGAGGAUGUAUCAUGAUCAAUCUUCUUUCUAUCAUUUGCUCCUGUCAAUCAAGGAAUUCUACGAGCUUGCUUCCAUCCCUAAUCAAGUGCAAGACGGUACGGAGCGAUUCCCUUCAAGCGUGAAGCCGGGAGAAGGGGUCUCUGUUAGAUUCGAAAAUGUGUCGUUUAGGUACCCUGGCUCUGACUCAUUCGCCCUCAAGAACGUCAAUUUUGAUAUCAAAGCGGGCGGUCUUUGUGUAAUUGUCGGAAUGAACGGGGAAGGGAAGAGCUCUAUACUGAAGCUUUUGCCAAGGCUCUUCGAUCCUACAGAAGGCACAAUAUACUUAGACAACCUACCGAUAAACCGUUACCGACUGUUGGAUCUUCGGAAGUCCCUCAAUGUUCUAUUUCAGGACUUCCAAACCUUUCCGAUGACGAUCAAAGAAGGUAUCCGUCUAGGGAGCAAUACCAUAGAAUAUGAAGAUGAGCAAGUGCGUGAAGCCCUGAAGCUGGGCGGAGCCGAAGGAUUCGUUAAUGAACUUCCCAUGAAAGAGGACACGAACUUGAGUCAUCUUCGACAGUACUUUUCCUUUUCUGGACCCGAAGCAAACGACAUCUUUUAUGCCAUUCCAGAAGAUAUUCGCCUCAGUUCGAAAGAUACACGAACAAAUCUUAGCGGAGGCCAGAAGCAACGGUUGGCUCUCUCUAGAACGUUUAUGCGCAAGCCUGAAGAAGUUUCGCUCUUGGUUUACGACGAACCCAGUGCGGCGCUCGAUCCGCAAGCGGAAUUUGAUCUAUUUGAACGGCUCCGAGUGCUUAAAGGCAAUAAAACCAUGAUCUUCAGCACCCAUCGUUUUGGCUAUCUCACCAGAUAUGCCGAUAUAAUCUUGUUCAUGAAAGACUCGACCAUCGCGGAAGCCGGGACGCAUCAAGAACUGAUGAGUAUACCGGAUGGAGGCUAUGCAAAGCUCUAUACAUUACAAGCCCAAGCGUUCUCUAAGUAGAAUUCAGACGGUGUACAGUCUUAUUGGGGAUACAUGAUACUUUGAACUAUUUGGAAAGUUUUGCGUGCU